UGUUAAGUGGUCAAAUAUAGAUUGAUGUAUAUCUAUCUAAUCUAUUUCAUCACAAGUAGUUCAGAUGGAUAUAUUUUGCUACUUACAGUAAAAAUAUAUUAGUCAACGAAACUUAAUAUGUUGGAAGAUAACUUCUGGAUAUUUAUAUUCUCGUUGUGUUUGGUGAACGCAUUUUGUGCGGACACUGUCCAUUUUCGAUCUUGUGACAAAGUCGAUUUUUGCAAACGUUUGAGAUCACGUACUACAAAAAAUGUCAUUACUGCAAAGUUGGAUUCUUUCAAAAUUAACUCACAAUCAAAUCAAGGUGUCAUUGAUUUGGAAAGCGACGAUUUCACUGCAAAGCUUUCAGUUCAAUCCAUAGAAGGAGGAUUAUUUAGAAUAAGAAUAGAAGAAGAAAACUCUGAACGCUAUCGAAUCACAGACGUUUUAGAUCCUGAACCAACUGUGACAAGCCUCAAACAAAUCAGCAAAGAUGAAAAUAACAUUAAACUGGGAGAAACGGAGACCAGUUCAUCAACUCUUGUGAUUAAUUCAAAUCCCUUUUCCCUCGAACUACGGAACAAUGACGAAAUAUUGUUAUCCAUUGGGGACAGGCUAUUUCUGGAAAACAACGUCACAAGUAAAGCUUUUACUAUUGACGUAUCGUUCCCCAACUCGUCUCAUAUCUAUGGUGCUCAUCAACACGCUUCGAACAUUGCACUAAAAACUACACAAGUGAACGGAGCAGAUCCUUACAGGUUCAGAAACUCAGAUAACGGCGGUUAUGAUGUCGAUUCGCCCAUGGCUUUGUAUGGAGCUAUUCCAGCUUUAUACGGAACAGGACCUGCUACAACCUCUGGAGUGUUUUUGUUAAAUGCUGGUGAAAUUUGGGUAGAAAUUUCUCGGUCUUCGGAUACCAACGUUCCAAAUGGUUAUUUUAUAGCAGAAAGUGGCUCUUUGGACUUGUUUCUCUUGCCUGGUACUGAUUUACAAAAAAUUGUUAGACAAUAUACACAACUUACUGGUACCGCUCAUUUGCCACAGCUUUGGACAUUGGGAUUCCACCAAAGUCGAUACUCUUACAAUGACCAAGAAGAUGUAAAAACGGUCAUUAAAUUAAUGGAUGAUAAUGAUUUUCCUGUUGAUGCCAUUUGGCUCGAUAUAGAUUAUACUGAUGAUAAAAAAUAUUUCACAUGGAAUCCUGAUACCUUCUCUGAUCCCGUUGAAAUGCAAGCUAAUCUUUCAUCUACUAACAGAAAAUUGGUCGUUAUUAUAGACCCACAUUACAAAGUCGACGACGAGUAUUCAGUUUACGCCAAUGCAAAGAAUAAAAAAUAUUUUAUUAAUAAGCCAGAUGGAACACAAUUCGAAGCAUCCUGUUGGCCUGGCAACAGUGUUUGGUUGGACUAUUUGAACCCAGAAGUAAGACAAUACUAUGCUGAUUUGUAUUCCUAUGAAAACUUCGUUAAAACUACCCCAACAUUAGCAGGAAUUUGGAAUGAUAUGAAUGAACCAGCAGUUUUUACUGCAGAUAAUGAUUAUGUAAACGAAAAAACAGUUCCUUUUGAUAGCGUGCAUUUUGGUAAUGUACAACAUAAGGACAUUCAUAAUAUGUAUGGAUUUUUGCAAACAAUGGCAACUCAUAAAGGAUUAAUGCAGAGAGAUCCGGACAAAAGGCCUUUCAUCCUUACUAGAUCCCAUUUCGCUGGUUCUCAACGAUUUGCUGCCAUUUGGACUGGCGACAACGUAGCCGAUUGGCAAUGGCUAAAAAUCUCAUUUCCCAUGUGUCUUAAUUCAAAUCUUUUCGGAAUCGUCUUCUGUGGUGCCGAUGUCGGUGGGUUCAACAACAAUCCUACUGAUGAACUUUUACAAAGGUGGUUCCAGGCUGGAGCUUGGUUGCCUUUCUUUAGGUCCCACACUUCAUCGAACAGACGAGAACCAUACUUAUACAGUACGGAUAUUCAAAAUGUAUUAAGAGAGGCACUUAAUAUUAGAUACAAGCAUCUUCCUGUUUGGUAUACUUUAUUCUUUGAACACACUCGAAAUGGUGAUCCUAUAAUCCGACCUUUAAGUUAUCAUUAUCCCGCAGAGUCUAUUGUUUAUGAAAUCGAUGAUCAACUAUUGGUUGGAAAAGAUAUAUUAGUUAAGGGUAUUUUUGAGGCUGGUGUUGAUAAAGUCCAAGUGUACCUACCUGGAGAGAAUGAAAUUUGGUACUAUUUAAACGAUUAUACAGUUUUGAAUGGUGGGCAGAGUGAGACAUUUGAUAUAGAUAUCACAACGAUUCCAGUAUUCUACAGAGGAGGAAGUAUAAUUACCAGACAAGAUUUAGUAAAAGGUUCCGCAAGUGAUAUGGUUAACGGUUGUUAUAGUAUAUACAUUAAUUUAAAUAAAGAUGAUUAUGCGGAAGGUACAGUUUAUAAGGACGAUUUCUCAAGCUUUGAAUACAAAAAUGGCAACUACAGUUAUGUAAAAAUUUCAUAUUCGGCUAAAGAUGACAAUAUUAUAGUAGAGCCAAUUGAUAGUGAAGCAAAUGGUCAUUUUGAUAUAUUUAUAUGUAAAGUAAUUGUUAAUUCACCAAUAUCUAAAAAUGUACUUAAUCAUAACAAAACAUUAAAUGUGAAUGCAAAGUCGAAAUUUAAAGUGACAAAUAUUAGUUGAAUAGGUAUGUAUGUCUAUCAGUAUUAGUAUUAAUUAGUUUGUCCAAUGUUUGCAUUUAAACUUUGUAUCUUUUUUUAGCACUAAUAUUCUUGUGAACUAAAUUAAAAUUGUACUCCUUACCUAUACACAAGUUGUUUACAGAAUGAACAUGUUUAUUUUGUGAAAAUUACAUGUUAGUACAUUUGUUUGAUGAUUAUAUAUAUA